AACAAGAGAAUAAAGAAGAAACACAGGAAUGGGAAUUGGGUGCUUCAUUUUCGGUUUUUGCCAGAAAAAGCGGUUUUCUUCGAAGAGGAAGAUCAAGCCGGAGCUUGGAGCUGCUGUUUGUCUGCAAAUUCCUCUUCUUUUAAAGUGUUGAUGCUGUGAAUGAGCUGCAAUAUAAUAUGAAGAAGGUGACGAGAAAGGCUGGAAAGUAUGAGAUUGGCCGCACAAUUGGCGAAGGAACUUUCGCUAAGGUCAAAUUUGCUGUUAACACGGAAACUGGAGAAAGUGUUGCGAUUAAGGUUUUGGCAAAAAUCACCAUACUCAAGCAUAAAAUGGUCGAUCAGAUCAGAAGAGAGAUAUCAAUUAUGAAGAUAGUCAGACAUCCUAAUAUAGUUAGACUACAUGAGGUCUUAUCUAGCCGGGAAAAGAUAUAUAUCGUAUUGGAGCUUGUAACUGGAGGAGAACUGUUUGAUCAAAUAGUUUACAAAGGAAAGCUCUCUGAGAAGCAGUCGAGAAGAUUCUUUCAGCAGCUAAUAGAUGCUGUGGCUCAUUGCCACAGUAAGGGUGUUUAUCACAGAGACCUUAAGCCAGAGAAUCUUCUUCUUGAUUCUCAUGGAAAUCUCAAGGUUUCUGAUUUUGGACUUAGUGCAUUGCAACCACAAGGGAUAGAACUCCUCCAUACCACCUGUGGGACACCAAAUUAUCUUGCACCUGAGGUCUUGAGUAGCCAAGGCUAUGAUGGAGCUGCAGCUGAUUUAUGGUCAUGCGGAGUAAUUCUGUAUGUUCUAAUGGCAGGAUUUCUGCCAUUUGAUGAGACAGACCUUCCUACUUUAUACAAAAAGAUCAAGGCUGCGGAGUUUACAUGUCCUUGUGGAUUUUCUUCUGACGCAAAGUCGUUAAUACAUAAGAUACUAGAUCCGAAUCCUGAAACUCGUAUAAAAAUAGAAGGGAUUAAGAAUCACCCUUGGUUUCAACAACAUUAUGUGCCUUUGAAACAUGGAGAAGAUGAAGAAAUAAAUUUGGAUGAUGUUGGUGCAGUUUCUGAUGAUAUUGAGGAUGAGUCUGUUACUGAACAAUCAGACAGUGGUAAAAAUGGUCCUCUAAUAAUGAAUGCCUUUGAGAUGAUAACUCAUUCUCAAGGAUUGAACCUUUCAGCACUGUUUGACAGAGGCCAGGAUUAUGUGAAGCGGCAGACCCGAUUUGUGUCGCGCGAACCUGCUAAAGUUAUAAUGUCAACAAUUGAAGCUGUAGGAGAAUCAAUGAAUUUCAAAGUCCAUACACGUUGUUAUAAGACAAGACUUGAAGGAAUAUCAGCAAACAAGACUGGACAGUUUGUUGUUGUAUUGGAGGUUUAUGAAGUUGCUCCGUCCCUUUACAUGGUUGACGUUCGAAAGGCUGCUGGUGAUACCCUUGAAUAUCACAGGUUCUACAAGAACUUAUGUGCUAGACUUGAGAAUAUAAUCUGGAAAGCGAAGGAUGGCGCGCCCAACAGUCAUGCACUGCUUAGGACGAUGACUCGCUGAUUGCUGCAAGGUUUGUAAUUUGGUUUUGAAGCAGGAAGGGAGAUUCAUAAAGCAUAUUUAUUCAUAUAGGCAAUUUUUCUUCUGCUGCUUCAGGUGUAUGUAAAUCCUGAUGGAAUCCCAUUUCUUAUCUCUUUCUUUUGAGAUCCCCUCUUUUAGUCUAAUAGCAAUAAGAGGUGGAUAUCCCCAGCCUCUUUGAGAGGUCCUAGGGUUGAGUCCGUCAAGUCAACGCCUGGUUAAAUGAUUAAUUGUGUUUACGGGGUAUGUGUUUACUCCUCUUGGCCACAUUUUUUUCUUUCGAGGUUGAUUUUUAUGAACUAUGAUAUGGAUUCUGGAUUCUGAGUGAA